AUGGCCGAUGUGGAAAUGGACGUCGACGUCGAGGCGGGCUCUCCCCCUCCCCCCGCGCGCAACGAAUCCGACAUGCAAACACACACCAAAGCCACAGCCGUCCGCUCCAUCGAAGGCUGGAUCAUCAUCGUCACAAACGUCCACGAAGAAGCCGACGAGGAGACCCUACAAGAUCUCUUUGGAGAGUACGGCGAGAUCAAGAACAUGCACCUGAACCUCGACCGAAGAAGCGGCUACGUCAAGGGAUACGCCCUGAUUGAAUUCACAACACUCGAAGAAGCCCGAGCUGCCAUCGAUGGCGCGAAUAACCAGAAGCUACUCGAGCAGACUAUCUCGGUGGACUUUGCUUUCGUGCGGCCCCCACCUGGUAAGCCUGGUCGUGGAAGAGGCGCCGGUGGACGAAACCGAGGACGAAGCAGGAGUCACAGCCCCGAGGGCAAGGAUGAACGGGCAGGCGACGAGCGGGAUUGA